AUGGUAUUAAGUCAAUCAGAUAUUUCAAAGAAUCAAGCAAUUCUUAUUAUGAAUAAAAAUUCUAUUGAUUCACAAUCAAAUGACUGUUUACAUAUAGUAUCAAAUGAAAGUUUAUCAUCAUCAUCAUUAAAUGGAACAACAAUAUCAACAACAAAAGUAAAUACUAAUAAUAAUAAAAAAUCAAAAUCUCGUUCAAAAACUAAUAAAGAUCAAUUAUGA